AUGUCGACGCUGGCAUCAGAAGGGCAAGGAGGCGCCAACCAUCUUCCAAGCAAAAGUGAAUCGUCUACCACUAAUACACAGUCUACGCUUGAUCACGGAAUGCACGAAUCUACCGUGGAAGAAGCUGGGAACGAGAAGGCUGCCAAACAGACUGGAGGCAAUCUACUCGAAGCCAAGGACAGAGCUGCCAAAGAAUCAGCAAGAGGCCACGUCAGCGUUCCAAGCAGUGCCUUGGAGAAUAGCCGUGCUGACAAGGAGGAGCUCCGUCAAGCGGAAAGUCUCUGCCCCAAAGUCUUGCCAGGCAAAGUCAGUGUAAGACCCGGUGCAUGUGAAUGGUGA